GAUCCAACAUCUUCUGCCAGUGUAAAAAAUAGUCAUUCACAUCACCCACGUCAAUUUUAUCAGUUCCCAGUUCAAAAUUGAAUUGUGAAUUCCAAAAAAGAACAAAUUUAAUUCCUUCCCUCACAGAAACUUGGAAACAAUUGGCAUCAAUCUAGCAGUUUCUGAUUGAUACGGAAGAUCCUUCUGCAUCUUUUAUUUACUUUUCAUCCUGUGUGCUAAAAUGAUGAUCGUAAAAGUGACUGUGAAAAUAAUUUUGUAGUUUAAAAAGAAAAACUUGUGGUGAAUGGUUUGGGUGUCAAAUAAUUCAAAUUGUUGUUACGAUUGUUGCAAUAUUUUCUCGGAAAGUAAAUAUUGCACUUGAGGACAUCUAACUGCCUUGAUCUAAUGGUCCGAGAAGGACGAUGUCAUCGGGAUAACAUUGAAAUGGCAGCUGAUCUGUUCCCCAAUGGGUCCCUAAAGGCUGCAACUGACAGUACCGUAGGCGCAAUGAGGCAACGGUACGCGGCGCUGAACGCCGCGACACAGGCGACAAACGAGGAGGACCAGUUGAUGUUCAAAGACAACAGAUUCUUAACAACUUUAGUCCGAGGUAGAAACAGGAAAAUUAGCCCGGAGAUCCUGCCAUCCUGUUCACCAGGCAUCUUCCGACAGCGGUCCUUCUCCUCGAUUCCGACGUCGAUGACUGUGCCGGCAACGACGACCCGGUCGGCUCAGGUCAGCGUCGCACCUGUAACAACAACACAGUGUGAUCGCGUUCCUGCUCCGAGUCAGACGUCCGAUCGGCUUUUUUCCCGUUCCCGAGUUCUCUCGCGGGGUUCUCGGAAGCAGAAGCACUCUCGCUUUGGUACGGCACUGGCGAACAAAAUGGCGUCGGCGAGCUCCACCACGGCCGUGUGCUGGCCUAACACCAAAGAUGAUUACGAUUUAAAAGAGGUAAUCGGUGUUGGAGCGACUGCCGUAGUGCACGCCGCAUUUUGUAUCCCUCGUCAAGAAAAAUGUGCAAUAAAACGAAUCAACCUGGAAAAAUGGAAUACCAGUAUGGACGAGUUACUGAAAGAAAUCCAGGCGAUGUCUUCCUGCAAUCACGAAAAUGUCGUCACAUACUACACGUCCUUUGUGGUCAAAGAAGAACUAUGGCUCGUUCUUCGGCUCCUCGAAGGUGGAUCUUUACUCGACAUCAUAAAGCAUAAAACGAGAACGACGAAUUGUAAACAUGGUGUCUUCGAUGAAGCUACGAUAGCCACUGUACUUCGAGAAGUACUCAAAGGUCUUGAGUAUUUCCACAGUAAUGGACAAAUUCACAGGGAUAUAAAAGCUGGUAACAUUUUGCUUGGCGAGGACGGGACAGUGCAAAUUGCGGACUUUGGUGUGAGUGCCUGGCUGGCGACAGGCAGAGAUCUCAGUCGACAGAAAGUGCGACACACCUUCGUAGGAACUCCUUGUUGGAUGGCACCUGAGGUCAUGGAGCAGGUGAGAGAGGAUCAUGGCUACGAUUUCAAAGCUGACAUUUGGUCGCUGGGUAUAACAGCAAUUGAAAUGGCUAGUGGAACUGCACCUUACCACAAAUACCCACCUAUGAAGGUCCUUAUGCUCACUUUGCAAAACGAUCCACCGACUUUAGACACAGCCGCUGACGACAAGGAUCAGUACAAGGCCUACGGCAAAACGUUUCGAAAGAUGAUAGUGGAUUGUUUGCAAAAGGAUCCGACGAAAAGACCGACUGCAACCGAACUUCUAAAGCAUCCUUUCUUCAAAAAGGCGAAGGACAAGAGAUACUUACAACAGACGUUAGUUGCCAUUGGGCCUAGCCUCGAGACUCGAGUUCAAAAGGCAUCUAAGAGGCAACCUGGUGCAUCAGGUCGAUUACACAGAACUGUAACUGGCGAGUGGGUCUGGUCGUCCGAAGAAGAAGAUAGCGGUGGGUCCAGUGGUGACGAAAGGAGGGAGCCAUUGCCAGUAAACAAUAUCGAAAACGUGAGCAGCGACGAAGAAGUUCCUGAUCCUGAAGAUUACUACGGUCAAGUGAGAUCCGCCCAAAGUCAUCUGACUAUUCAAGCAGCGGAGCAAAAUGUCCCCAUCAAUUUAGUUCUCAGACUACGAAAUCAAAAACGGGAACUCAACGAUAUAAGAUUCGAAUACGCUGUUGGUGUAGAUACCGCCGAAGGCAUUGCGGCAGAAUUGGUCGGAGCAGGUCUAGUCGAUGGAAGAGAUAUCGUGGUGAUAGCAGCUAAUCUUCAAAAAUUGAUUGACAGUGCUGGUGAAAUUCGAACAGUUACAUUUUCGCUGAACUCUGGCUACGCCCCGAAUGAAGUGCCAGACGACAAGGCGUUGAUUGGAUUUGCGCAGAUUUCCAUAACUGAUUAAUCAGUCAAAUGAUCGAAUAUGCGAAUUUAUCAAAUCUACCGACGAAUCUUCCAAUGGCAAUCGAUAAACUGGUCGAUGAAUCGAAGCAGAAGGGACUUUUCAGCCAGAUGGAAAGUUUGCCCGCUUGUCUGCUUCCAUUAUUUUCGAUUUCUCGCAGCGAGCGUUGUUCAUAGAUUGGAAGUCGAAUGUGAAUGGGGAUAUUUUCAAUUCUCAGCACACACUCUCGUCCAUACCGGCUUUACACUUUAGACUUACAUUAAGAAAUAAUGGCUGUAGUUUCACAUAUUCAACUUGUAACAUUCGUAUUACGAUAAUAGAUGUAAAUAUUAGUGAUAUUAGUAAUCCGCUUUCAGUGUCAAAUGUCCAGAGAAAAUGAAGAACAAUUUGAGGCCUUAGCGUUAAACAAAUUGCGAGUAACUGAACUCCAAAUACGAGACGAAGAUGCUCGAGCAUCUCACUUACUUAUCUAGUAACUGCAUUUCUAUCUUUCUAGACGUGCUUGUAACUCGCCGAGAGAAUCAGAAAUGAUGUCACAGAGGGUUGUAAAAAACAGUCGCUGGUUCAAAGUGUAUAUUAGGGUGGUCUAUUUUUUUUAUAGAAAACCAAAAAAUAUGUAUAAUUUUCGGAAACUAAAAUCGCGAAAUACCCUCAAUGAUUUUGUGAUAAAAAUAAUAUAUGGAAAAGCAAAAUUUAAUCGGCUAACGACGCUAAAGAU